GCAUUUAACAGCACUGGAACCUUAAAAGUUAGCAGCACUAUUCACUGGUCACACUCAUCGAGCUGCAUUCGAGUUAUCGAUUGUCGUGUCGCCAAAAAAAUUAGCUAAGAACAGCAGUAAAAACACGGCAAGUUGUUAAUUAAAAUAGUGACCCAGUUCAGGAAACGCAACGCCAUGUCAUGGAAAAAAGAGUUGCGCGUAUUGGCCAAGCCAUACUAUUGGGUCAACAUACUGCUAGCCGUCUCAUAUCUGAUUGCGAAGAAGACGAAGGUGAUUUGCACGCGCCUCUUCCAGCACGCCGCCCAGGAGGAGGUUUGCGACAUGGACAGUCGCGAAGUGGAAAUACUCUUCUUUCUGCUCAUCGUUGUGAUGAUACGCUCGCGGAAGACGGGCAGCGUUACGAUGAUCAACUAUUUGACAUCGUCGUUCCUCUACACAAAAGUCGCCAAUUUAAUACUUUGGGGCUAUGCUGAUUUUCGCUAUGGUUUGGGAUUUCUACUCAUCUGUGUGCUCGUUGGUAUUGUGCUGCCGGAGCCCUCGUAUCGUGGUCCCGAGCACAUUACCUAUUUCCGCAACGCACAGGUCUUUGAGGAUGAGCUGGCCAGGGAUAAGAAGACCAGUUGGUUAAUCUGCUUUUAUACGGUGUGGAAUCCCACUUGUGUUCAUUUUGCGCCCAUCUUUGCCGAGCUGUCUGCGGAGUAUAAUACGCAGUUGCUCAAGUUUGGCAAAAUCGAUAUUGGACGCUUUCCGGAUGUGGCCGCCAAAUAUCGCAUUUCGGACAGCAGCUUCUCGAAACAGUUGCCGACGGUUAUAUUGUUCCAGCAGGGCAAGGAGGUGGAACGGCGGCCAUGUGGUGAUGCCAAGGGCAAACUGCAAAAGUUCUUCUUUUCCAGCGACAAUGUACGCGCCACCUUUGGACUGAAUCAGCUCUACAAGCAGGCGGUAGAGAAAUUGCCACCAGUCAAAACGGCGCCAGUGGAGUCCAAAAAGACCAAAUAGUUGUCUCAUUUCGAUUUUAAAUGCUUGUUUGUUGUACGUGCUAACAUUUGUUGUUAAUUGUCGUUUGUAGUAGUCUUUAGUUGUUAUAAUUUAUUUUGUCGUUUUGCACAAAUAGAACAAUUGGAAGAAUGUCCCGAGGCACGUACAUAAGAAUAACAAUAAUCAUUGUGUAAAAGUCCCCCAUGCAAGCUGUAAACGUUGCCAUUGCAUUAAUUUAUUAGUUUUUGGAGCUAAAUUCAAGUUAUAAAUUGUAAUUAAUAAAAUUUAUAAGCUGAUUUAAGUUCUCGUCUCGUCUAAUUUUCUGUGUCUUGUUAGCUCUUAAUCAAUUUAAAGUAGCGUUUCCGUUGCUCAUAUACCCUGUUAUCAAGGGGGUAUAUUGACCUUAAAGUAAGUCACAGUCAAUUAUAAUAAAAUAAUACGAUUAAGAGUGAGAGUUGUAUUUAAAUAAAUUAUUUCUUA